UGCUCAUUUCUCAGUCCAAAUUCUUUGAUUUUGAUUGAUUCGAUUCAAUGGGUUUCUCCAAAGAUCAGUUGCUUGAUCGACUUCAGGAACUUCAGAUUGAUUAUUCCAAGUAUGAACAUCCACCUGUUUUAACCGUCGAAGAACAGGCCAAGUAUGUAAGCAGUAGUGAGGGGGCAUUGAGUAAGAAUCUCUUCCUGAAGGACAAGAAACAUCGGUAUUAUAUCGUUUCAGCAAUGGUGGAUACGAAAGUUGACAUGAAAGUUUUAUCUCAGAGACUUGGUCUGGGAAAAGGAGGAAUUAGAAUGGCUCCUGAAGAAGCACUUGGUGAGCUUUUGCAGGUAUCCCUCGGAUGUGUUACCCCGUUUGCAGUUGUAAAUGAAUCAGCAAGAGAUGUGUCGCUCUUGUUAGACCAAAAAUUCAAGAACCAAUCACGCUGCAUCUUCCACCCAUUGUCUAACGACGUCUCAGUCUCUCUUAACACGUUGGGUCUGGACAAGUUUCUGAAGUCGAUUGGGAGAGAUCCCGUAUACGUUGACCUUGAGGCUAACCCGGUAGUUGGUAAAGACCAGGCUCCAGAUCUAGCUGUUUAUGUUCCGUCUAAUUCAGUUGUUGUUCCCGAGGUUUCUAAUAAAACAUCUACUAUACAAAACCCUCCUCCAAAAAGUGUGUCAGCAGAGGUUAAGCCUGUCGCUUCAGCCAAACCGAGCAAGCCAGCCGGUAAGGUGAAGAGCGUCGCGGAAAAUUCAGUCCCAUUAGCUUACAAGAACCCCGAGAAAUUUGUGGAGGAGAUUAUGGACAAAACAUCAGCUCUAUUAUUGUCCGAGGCGAAGGGAGAGAGUGUGGAGGCUUUGGCAGAAACACUGAGAAAACGACUUACCUCAGAUUUAACCCACCUCGCUAUUAUGUACAAGAACACUGCCUACGCAGAAGGUUUUUAUGCCGGUACACACCACCAGCCGAAGCGAUUAUCGGUGCUUAAUCCUCAACGUCACCGAUCCUCUUAUUCCUUUCUCAUCCAUCUUCAGCCUCCUCGUGAAGAAGAAGAAGUUACACGCAAAACACCAUCAAUUCGAAGUUACCACAGUAUCAUUCACCAGAAUUCGUUAAUCGGUGCCUCGACGGCUUUCUCUCGCAACCGCUCUGUUUUCCAAUCUCCAUCGUCCGUUCUAUCGGAUCGAUUCAUUUCGACCUUCAAUUUCCAUGGUUCCGGUGACGCCGUCAUCAAUUGGUUGUUGCAAUCUGUGGUUUCUAGGGGUUAUGAGUUAGACAAUGUUGCUGAUGUUCUUGUUUCUCUUAAUCACUUGCUUGCAUUGUUGAAUUCUUUCACAUUUUCUCAAUGGUGGGUGUUUAUCAUCGUAACAUCGCUUUUGAUUCGGGGAAUUACAAUUCCGGUUAUGGUUGAUAUGCUUAACAACAUUGCAAAGUUCUUUAAGAGUCUUCGCUCGCACCAAGGGGAGGUUCUAGACAAGGUAUCAAUACUCAGUAAAAGUCGAGGAGUAAUGUACACCAUGUUGGAGAAAGAGUUUUUUGGAGUUAAAGGAUCAGUCAUUGGUCAGGGGAUUCAAGUACCUAUCUUCUGGUUCUCAAUGGGAGAGUUAAGACAAAACAUGGUUGAGAUUCUUAUGUCACGUCUUCGGGGUAAGAUGUUGUCAGCGGAAUUGAUCAAGAACGGAGUCUUAAGUAGAGGACGCUUAGUGGUGGUCGUUGGCGAUGGAUUCGGUCUUGAAUUCCAAAUGUUCGAUCUUGAUUUCUCUCUUAUCUUGAGGCGUCGUCAAGUCUCACAAAGCUACGUUUAAUAAGUUUCGAUUUCAUUCAAUAAUUGGAGUGGUUUGCUUUUAGUGGCUCAAUGGUGUUUAUUUGAUGAUAGAGCCAGCACAAAAUGUGAAUAAAGCGUGUUUGGUUGG